AUGUCAACGAGCACGCUCAGCAUAAACUCAACUCUGAGUUUGCCGAACUCGGAGUACAAGAUUCCACAAAUUGGCUUCGGAGUCUACUUAUCUCCAAAGGACGUCUGCGUCGCUUCCUGCAAGAAGGCCUUCGAAGCAGGCUACCGUCAUAUCGACACAGCACAGUACUACGCAAACGAAGAGCAAGUUGGCCAAGCGCUGGCUGAAAGCGGACUUCCUCGAAAAGAUGUCUACGUCACGUCUAAGAUUCUCAGCCCUGGGGAGGACGUCGAGUCUACAUACAAGAAGAUCGCGGAGAGCGUUGAGAAGCUUGCCGGAAAGGAUGGUUAUGCGGACCUUUUCCUCAUUCACAGCCCCAAUGGAGGGAAUGAGGCUAGGAAGUUGAUGUGGCUCGCUCUGAAGCAGGCGCAGGACAAGGGCAUUGUGCGGGACAUUGGCGUCAGCAACUACGGCAUCCAGCACAUCGAGGAGCUCGCCUCCAUUGAUAGCAAGGCUAGCCUUCCUGCCGUCAACCAGAUUGAGCUCCACCCUUGGUGCCAACAGCGCGAGGUCGUAGAGUACUGCAAAUCAAAGAACAUCGUCGUCGAAGCCUACUGCCCGAUUGUUCGCAACGAGAAAGCCAACGACGAGACCCUCGCCAGCAUCGCCAAGAAGCACAACAAGGAGCCAAACCAAGUCCUCAUUCGAUGGAGUCUACAAAAGGGCUUCGUUCCUCUUCCCAAGAGUGACACGCCGUCUCGCAUCGUUGGGAACGCGGACGUUUACGGUUUCGAGCUCGACAAGGAGGACAUGGCUAAGCUGGAUGGUCUGGAUCAGGGAGCCAAGGGCGCUAUUGUUCAGGCUGUGACCAAUGCUUAA